AUGAAGACAAGGAUACUCUCAGACAAAAGAAAACCAAGAGAACUCAUUGCCAGCAGACCUGCUCUAAAGGAAAUGCUAAAAGAAGUUCUUCAGACAGAAAGCAAAUGGUACCAGAGGGUAACCUGGAAUUUCAAGAAACAAGGAAGAGCAACAGAAAUGCAAAGCUCUCUUCUAGUUAUCGCGGCACAAGACACCAUCUACGAGACGGUGCGGGAAGUCCUGCACGGGAACCAGCGCAAGCACCAGAAGUUUUUGGAGACGGUGGAGCUUCAGAUCAGCCUGAAGAACUAUGACCCUCAGAAGAACAAGUGCUUCUCAGGCACCCUCAGGCUCAAGUCCACUCCCCACUCCAAGUUUUCUGUAUGUGUUCUGGGGGACCAGAGGCAUCGUGAUGAGGCCAAGGCUGUGGAUAUCCCCCACAUGGACAUCGAGGCCCUGAAGAAACUUAAGAAUAAGAAACUGGUCAAGAAGCUGGCCAAGAAGUAUGAUGCCUUUUUGGCUUCAGAGUCUCUGAUCAAGCACAUCUCACAAAUCCUGGGCCCAGGCCUGAAUAAGGCUGGCAAGUUCCCUUCCUUGCUAACCCACAAUGAGAACAUGGUGGCCAAAGUUGAUGAAGUGAAGUCCACGAUCAAGUUCCAGAUGAAGAAGGUGCUGUGUCUGGCAGUGGCUGUUGGCCACGUGAAAAUGACAGAUGAUGAGCUUGUGUACAAAAUCCACUUAGCCGUCAACUUCCUGGUGUUGUUGCUCAAGAAAAACCGGCAGAUCGUCCGGGCUCUGUACAUUAAGAGCACCAUGGGCAAGCCCCAGCGCCUGCACUAAGGCACAGCUUAAUAAACCAU